AUGCCCUUGGAAACGCUGCGCCAAGUCGCAUUCCAAAGAAGAAGCCUAAUUAUCCUUGUCAAACAACAGCAGCAACAACAGCAUUACAGCCUUCCUUCGGAUCAGCCCCUGAAGGGGCGAGAUAGCUGCUGUGCAGCAGCAGCAGCAGCAGCGGCGGAAGGGUGCAAACAGCAACCGCUGCAGCGGACUGGGGGUGAAGACAUUCGGAACCAGCUACAACAGCCGGAACAGCAACAGCAGCUGCAACAGCAACCGCAGGAACAGCGACAGGAUUAUCACAGCGACAUGAUCAGAGAGAACCAUGUCUCUCCUGGAAUGGAUUGGCUGCCUGGUCUCAAUGUGGCGGUGCCGGUUUCUAAUGCUGCUGAAGUACACCGAUAUCUGCAGUUGCAGCCGACGUUACCUGCUGUGGUUGCUGUGCGGCGAUGCCGUCGAUUCUUCACAGCUGGAAUCUCGGACUCUGCAGUAAAGAAAGACUGGAGACCGCAAUAUGAUGGGCUUCUAUAUCGCGGUUCUCCUGCUUUUGCUGCAUUUUCCUACAACGUGUUUUCGUUUUCUUCCGGCUACAACGAGCUGCAAGACGGCCACGACUCCCUCUACUGGUUUCGAUUAAUCCUUCGUUGGGGCUUCCAAUACGCCCACCAAAUUCUCUUACGACGCUGA